AUGCCAACCGAUCAACCUGAAGAAGAGUGGCAUAUGGACUUUAUGCCAACAGGCUACCUUCCUGAUAGCGUCUACCGAGAGCUAGCGUGGUACGGCAUACUCCAGAUUCAGCCUCUUCAUCACAGUACGAAACAUAAAGUUGCUGCUCAAUUGAUUUGGCAACAUACACUCGGCAGACCACACGUUAUUAUGGAAAAUCCUCCUCAAUCAUUGCAAUCUGAAGGUAAAGUAAGCCGUCAAAUCCUUGCUGAAGAGGCAGCGAAGUGGUCUCGGGAGCAAAGAGCUGCACAAGAAGUGCUUAUGGAGAAUAUCAAGAGUGGCGGGAAUGGACUCACAGUUCGUACUGUUAUUAGUGCUUCUAAAAAAACCACUUAUAUCAUACAGAAUGGUAAUUACUACAAAUGCCCAGAAGGAUCUGAACCUGAUUUGGAUGCUUAUCGAGUCCAGGCGAAUAUGCAUGAAAGAAAAUGUACUUAUUCUAAACAAUCAAUUCCCGUAUCAGUCGAUCCAUGCAUAGAAGCAGAGGUUGCGCCCAUAGAGUAUUCCUUUCACGAAGGUUGGAUGUUUUGUCUUGGAAAUGGGGAAAGGGAAAAUAAUUAUUUCCAAAACGGCACAAUAGAUUGUGGAAAUAAAACAAAAGUGUCAGUCGACGAAUUUUUAAAUAUAUGUGCGAUUGAUAAUAAUGUUGUUAUUACCUUCGAUUACUUUGGCGACGAGCCACGUAAAGAUAUGAUGCACAAUGCCACCCUGUGUACAACUUGGGAUCCAUGCCGUUUAUCAUACUUAUAUAGGCUUGAGCCACCACCAGUGGAGCUGACGCCUGCUUUCCCAACAUCUACACCGAAUCCAUGCGACACAACCAUUUGUCCCGAGUGUGUUGAAGGAUUUACAGAGGACAGUGGAGUUCCAAUUGACAUUGCAUCCGGCGAAGUUUAA